AUGUUAGCGAGUCAAGGAGGAAGAUUGUUUAAAAAAAUGAAUCUCUAUUCGACGAACAGCAUCAUAUCUUCCUUCUUUAUUCGGCAUCACUUCUCCAUUCGAUCGUUCCACAAUAGCAAAGUCAGCUUAUUCAAUCAACCCCCAGCGGUACGUGGAAGAGUGGAAGUUGUACCUCAACCCAAGUGGACAUUGAACAGUAGAGUCAGGGAAAUACUGGUGGAGACACCUAAACUAAAUGAUUUCCUCCGCAAUAAUGUGGGUGGCAGGGGUGUUGUUGAUUCCAAUGAGAAUGUUACCAUGGAGGCAUUUAUCAUAGAACCGGAUACGUAUAUUCAGGGUAAAAAACUAAGGGAUCAUAUUAUUGCAUUGCCCGCCUACAAGAAAAUAAAGGAAGAUAUGGGGAUUCUGCGGGAGGUUGCAAACAAUCUUGAAAAGGCAGGAGUUUAUUAUCUCCAUCAAUGGGACAAAUUCAAGUACAAAAAAAGGAUUCCUUUUAUGGCAAGGGGAAAGCUGGAUGGAGCUCUUAAUAUUGCAAAGGAGAAGGGGUUUGUUUCUCAGGAUGCUACGCCUUUGGUUAUUGAAGGUGUAUAUGAAUCUGUGUAUAAUGCGACAUGGCACUAUGUGCAGGGUGUUGGUGGUAGGGGAUUCGGUAUGCGAGUUAAAAAGGGUCAUCCACCGCAACCGUGGACAGAUGGUGAGGUGUUGUGUUGUCCCAUACUGCCCUUUUCUGAGAAAUCUGAGGAUGGACGUCUGGAGAUGAUGGUGCUCACCUCUGAGAAAGGAUGGCCAUGCACAGAGUUCAGUAUGAGAAGGAGCUGCGAUAUUUAUGUUAACAGGGAGGUGAUGCGUGUAUGGCAUAAAAUUCUAAAGAAUCUGGAUGAGUGUUUUGGCAAACGUGUGCAUGCAGGUAAGGAACUCAUUCCAUAUGUGUUAAUUGGAACGCCUGGAAUUGGCAAGUCCUUUGCAGCUGGUUCAUUCCUCCUCUAUCAACUGUUGCACUACAAUGCAAAAGAACUCCCAGUGAUUGCGUACUUCAUUAGGGGUGGGGCCUAUCUGUUUGAAAAUGACAGUGAAGGUGGAAAGGUGACUUGGUACGAAAAUGAAGAAAUGGCAGUAAGUGUUGUAGAGAAUUUCUUUAAACAAGGUAAAGAAAAUAAAGAAAAAAGAGGAUACAUAAUCUAUGAUGUGGAUGAGGAAAGUAGAGGACCACCGAAACGACUGCCUCCUUCAGGGUGGGGCAUGAUUGUGAUAACACCCCCGAAUGCGGAGAAAUAUAAAGGAUGGAAGAAUCAAAAAGGAGCAGAGUGGAUCGUUCUUGAUUGCCCAUUUCUGAUUGAUAUCAAGGCCAUGUGUACAUGGGAAAAGCGCAACCAAUCUGAUGAAUUUGAGUAUUAUUGGGAGAAAAUAAAGGAACGUGUGAAUGAUAUUGGGCCACUCCCUCGUUACAUUUUCGAUGGUAAUGCAUAUGAGGAGCGAUGCAGUGAAGUGGAGUCUGCGUUGCGUGGGAUUUCAAAAUCCAAUGUUUCGGAAUAUGAAAAAAUCAUGAAACUUAAGGGCGAAUGGAAUGAUCAGAGUCCUUCUCAUAAACUACUAAAAAUAUGCCGUCAAAUCGACGAAGAUGAUCGCGAUAAUAUGAAGAUUAGGACGAUUACUGAUGAAUUAUUCGAUGCUAUAAUAACUCACGUGGGCAGGUUUUAUCAGACUCCAGAUCCGACUUCACGUCACUUCUUCAGAGGCGCGUCCGAUCUUGGAUUAUUUGAAGAGGUAGGUGCUAUGGCAUUGUUAAAUGGUGACUUUGUGGCUGCGCUUGCUGCGCGUAUGAAAAUAAUUCAACCCCCUGGAGGGCGGGAGGGGCAGCCGAGUGUUCUGCAAGGGAGAUGGUCGGCCCCGUAUCCCCAUACCGGGUAUCUCUUCUUUCCUAUGGAUAAUAAAGAAGGCAAGAGAGAGAUAGAGAUCAAUAAGCUUUACUUUCAUUCACAUGAAUUUCCUCUGGUGAAGGGUUUCUACAUUGUGAUUCCCCCAAGGGGAAGGACCAGACUGAUUGGGAUACGAAGUGUAACUGCAGAAAGUCGUGAAAUUACAGCUAUUGCAGUGGCUGAUUUCAAGAAACAGCUUGAGAGCUCAUUUUCUGGUUGGGCUGGUGUUGCCGAUAUAAUAACGUGGGAAAUCAUUUUCUUUCACCCUCAAGGGGGCAGACAAGAUGGAAAAUGGCAGAAAUGCACGUUGAGCAAAUCGGGAAAGUAUAGCCAUGAGCAACAGAACGACAUUAUCAAAUUCUGGAAUGAAAAGGUAAAUCAGUAUCGCGUCAAUUAG